AUGAAAUAGAACAUGAUUCUGAAUAUUGUGAUUGGUAUAUAAAUGGUAGAGAAUACCUUAUUCAUAAUUGACUGCAUUUACUCGAUACUUUAUUAACAUUAUGAGGUAGUUCAAAUUAUAAUAUGAAUAGUAUGUUGCAAUGGGUAUUUUAUGUGGAUUUAUGAUUAUAUUAUUACUUUUCUUAUUGGGUAAUACAAAAGGUAAUUUAUGAUUCUUAAAUUAGUGACUAUAUUUAACAAUAAGAAAUUAAAGUAUACAUAAACAUGUUUAAAUUGUGGAAGAAUGAAUAAAGAUUUUAAAUGUAAAGAAUGCAAAAUUUGUUAGAAUUGCAAUGGUAAAUUUCACUCAAAUUACUUAAAUAAAUGUUUGGAUUAAAAUUAAUUAUAGUAUUGAAUGUAUAAUAAUAAAAAGAUACAUUUUCAAGAGCAUUUGGUUGUUAGUAUUAAAAUGUUUAUUGUGUAUAUUUGUAAGGAUAUUUGCAAUAAUAUCUUAUUUGAAGGAUGACACAUAUCUAUUUCUAGUAAAGAAUAUUUAUAUAUUAGGUUUUCUAUAUUAGUUUAUCUGGAGGUGUAAUAUUAGAUUUGAUUACAUCUAUAUUCCUAAUCAUAAUUUAACAAUCUUUAUCAAAAGAACAAAAUAAUACUAUAGUAAAGAGAAGUUAAGAUUUAUUAGAUGUUAAGAUUGAUUCUAUAGAAUAAUAAUAAUAAGUUAGUAAUAAUGUUAAUCCUCAAUUAAAUAAGUAAAUGAAGAUAUUGGAAUUUUUAGAAAAGAAAUUAAGUCAUCGAAAUAAUUUUGUAAAAUCUAAAAAGAUGAAUGAAACUGAACCAAUUCCUAUGAUGUUUGAUGAAAAUGAAGAAGAUGUAGUUCAAUUUUAAAUGUAAUAAGUAAAUGGAUUUAUUCCAUUAACUUUGAGUAAUAUAAUUAAAUAAUAAUGAGUUCUUAUCGUAAAAAUUGCUCAAAAUCAGAAAUCUCUGUGAAUGACACAUCUAAUAAUGUUCCAGUCUUACAACAAAUUAACUCCCUGAAUUCUUAGCCUGUAAUGUAAGUUCGAAGACCAAGUGAUUUAAAUAGUUCUUUCACUCCUAUUGACUCUCAACAUAGUAUUAGAACUUCCAUUAAAUUAGAAUAGGUACUCAUAAUGUAUAGAAAUCACCACUUUGUACAUCAGGAGCAAUAGAUGGUAGAGCUACACCAUUAAAUCUCAUUAAUGAAGAAUCAAGUGUGAAUGAACAGUCAGACAAUAAGGCAUUUGAGACUCUAAUAAAUAAGAAACUAUCUCCAUAAAUCAAUGAUUUUAUUAUCAAAGAACCAGUACAUUGGAGUUAAAUAUUUACUCAUUAAGGUACAUAUAAGGAUGAUGAUUAAUGUAAUAAGUAUGGAUAAUAUUUGGGUGAUAAUACUUAUGCAAAAGAAAAAAAGAAACAAGAACUCUAAACAAAUAUCAAACCAAUAGUAAUUAUUAUACAAAUUAUCCUUUAUAUCUAUUACAUGUAUUAAUUUCCACUUCUCUUAUAUGGUGUAGCAUAUUCUGAUUAUAAUCUAACAUAUUAGUUACAAACCUAACUGCCAUUAUUAUUUUUAAACUUCUUAUUGUUUAGUUUGAAUAUUUAAAAGACUGCUAAAUUUAUAGAUUAUUUACCAUUGGCUGCUUUUAUUCCGUUUAUUUGUACUUUAAUUGAUUUUAAGUAUUAAUUAUAAUUAUCUUAGAUAGCAAGUUAUAUUCAUGUAAAUCAUACAUAUAGUGACAUUUACAAGAUUUUAUCAAAUGUUCAAGCAAUUACUUUAACUUUCUAUAUGUUUUAGAUAAUAUUCAAUUUAUUUCUUUACUUUAAGAAUAUCAUAAAUUCAUUUAUUCUAAAUUAUUUGUGGAUUUCUAUUAGUUAUUACAUAAGUUAAUUAAAUUCAUUAAAGUUUGAAUGAAUUCUAUUAAAAUUAGUGUAGUAUAAUCAAUAUACUUAUAAUUACAAAUAAUCAAUCAAUUUUAAUAUAUCCAAUUAAAAUUAUUGUUCUUAUUUUUAUUGUUUAUUAAUUUACUAUUAUUAGUGAUUAGAUUAAUCAUCUAUAUAGAAAUUAAAGUACAUUAAUAUCAGGAUUAAUUGAAUUCUCUAAAAUUAUUCAAUAAUUACCAUUUGAUUUAAGAUAUGAAAGUUUAUCAAUAUCAAAUAAAUAAAUUUAAUCAAGAUUGAAAACAAGAAAUUUAAUUGAUUAUGAUAGAUUACCAAAUACAUUAUCUACUAAAUUAUUGAAUGCAUAAUAUUCAAAUACUUUAAGGAAAAUACCAUUAAUAGAUAAAUGUUUGAGUAAAUCAUCAAUAGCAAAUAUAUUAAUGAAUGCAACAAAGGAAAGAAUUUUGGAACCAAAUGAAGUUUUAAUUGAAGCUUAAUAAUAAAAUAAAUUCUUAUAUUUUAUAUUAUCAGGAAAAGUUAAAUGUUAUUAAUAAAAAUAAAACAAAUAAUUUCCAAUAGGUAUUAAUGAAAAUGGAAUUUAUAAUUAAAAUGGAUUCUUUUUAUAAUAAGAGUCUGAUAUUGGUGUUUAAUGUGAAACAUGUUGUAAGAUAUUGGAAAUUAAUUCAGAAUUAUUUUGGAAAGAAAUUAAAAAAAGUAUUACUGAACUUGAAAAAAUUAAAAUGUGUUUAGAUAGAGUAUAAUUCAAUUAGGAAUAUAAACUAAUUGGAGUAACUUGUUAAAUUUGUAAAGGGAAUCAUAAAAUUGAUAAUUGUAAGAAAGUUCAUUAUAUUCCUCCAAGAUAAAUGUUAAUGGAUUAUAUUUAUUUUGAUGAAAUUAACAAAAGAUAAAAAUAUUAAAGAGUAAAUAUUUAUAUUACAAUAGAGAAAUCAUUCAAAAAAGUUCAAAUGUAUGAAAAAUGCCAGUUUAAUAGAAUAAGUUGUAUGUAAUGUUAGACAUCUAAUGUUAUUAUCAUCUGAAACUUUUAAACGCCCUAAAACAAUUACUAGUCUAGGAAUGUAAUUUGAGUAAUAACAUACUGAACAUUCUGAUGAAGAGGAACAUCAUAAAAUGUCAUAAUAUGUAUAAAAUUUGAGUCCUGUUUAAUAUGUACCUUAAGUUGGUAGUAGUGCUAGUUCUUAUGUUUUAAAAGAAUUAAAAUAAGCAUAACAAUUAAAAUCACCAAAAGAUAGUUUCAUGGUUCAUUAAAAAAGAUAUUAAGAGAAAAGAUAAUCUCAUGUGACUAAAAUUGAAAGAGGUUAAAAUAUAAUCAAUAUUUUAGAUUUAAGUCCCUCAAUAAUUAAAUAUGCUACUAUUUAAGACAAGAGAAGUUAAAAAUCCAAAUCAAUUAUAAGUGAAGAUCAUGGUAACGGAAUCUUGUAAAGUUCAGAUCAUAGAUAAUUCUCGAAAUAUGGAAUAUAAUCAUCUAAAUUUACCAAUGAGACAGCUAAGUAAUUCUAGAAUAAUCCAUUUGAUAUGCCUCUAUAUGAUCUUAAUUAAUCCAUUGAUAAUAAUCAUAGUUAUAGUGAUUAUUAUCCAAGAAAUAAUAUAGAUUAGGUAUAUACUUAUUAUUAAUUUUAAGGCUCUAUUCUCUUAUAAAUAAUAUCAAGACAGUAUAAUAUCAAAUAAGAGUAAAUAAAACAGUUGA